AUUUAAGGCACUGUUUGUGUUGGGAAUGAUGAAUAUGGCUUCAUUGCAAUCAGAAUGCGUUACUGUUCUAUUACUAUUAAUGCUCUUCUUGGCACUCACACCAUUCAAAUGCAAUGCCCAAUCUAGUGCACAAACUCCCGACGAUGAAGUGGAAGCUUUUAAAGAAAUAGCUAAGCAACUGAACAAGUAUGACGACGGGCACUUCGAUGACCCUUGUAAUAGCACAUACAGAAAUGAUGUCUUGUGCAAUUGCUCCAUCUCUGCUAAUAAUGAAUGCCAUAUCCAAAGACUUGAUUUUUCACGACAGAAUCUUGAUGGCAACCUUCCAUCAUCACUAUGGAAGCUACCUUACCUUACGGCAGUAUAUCUAAACCAGAACUUCCUCAGUGGUUCGAUACCGCCAGAAUGGGCUUCAACAAAGUUGGAACGGCUGGAUAUUAGUGUGAACAAUUUAUCAGGGCCAAUCCCUGCUGAAUUAGGAAACAUAACCACUCUCUUAAUAUUGAGCAUGGAGAGCAACUUGUUUUCUGAAACUAUUCCCUCUGAGUUUGGGAAAUUGAUAAACUUGUAUUAUUUGAAUUUAAAUGCAAACAAUCUCACUGGACAGUUCCCUCUGUCUCUCACCAAUCUCUCCAACUUAUCCACGCUUAGGAUCAGUAGUAACUACUUCACAGGAAGGAUGCCUGAGUUUGGCAAUUGGAAACAACUUCAUUAUGUAGAGAUGGAAGCAAGUGGUUUCAGUGGGCCAAUUCCUCCUAGUAUUUCUACCUUGGCAAACUUAACGCAAUUAAGAAUAACUGACUUAAAUGGGGAGAACUCGUCAGAUUUUCCCGACUUGAGUAAAAUGACAAAACUUUCUAUGUUGACAAUGAGGAGCUGUAAUUUAAGAGGAAAUAUCCCUCAAUAUAUUCUUAAUUUGGGAAGGCUAAUUGUCUUGGAUCUUAGCUUUAAUAAACUAGAAGGGCCACUUCCAAAUUUUCAAGAAUUACCUUUGCGUUAUAUAUAUUUAACAAGUAACUUACUCAGUGGGCCUAUUCCAGCGUGGAUGAACAUAAUCCAAGGUGCACCCAUGAACAUAGAUAUAUCUUACAAUAACUUUUCGGAGAUAUCUGAACCAUCAACUUGUCAAGAUAAUUUCAAUCACUUUCAGAGCACAUCUGGUCAUGAAAACAGCUCAACGCUCAGCAAGUGCUUGGCUCCAUGUUCAAAAGAUUAUUAUUCAUUGCAUAUAAAUUGUGGUGGAAAAGAAACUACCAUUGGAGGCAUAAAGUAUGAAGGGGAUGAGAAAUUUGUAGGUCCUGCAAAUUUAUUCCAUAACUCAGCCAACACUUGGGGAUUUAGCAACACCGGUCAUUUCAUUGUUUCAGAAUAUACAGGGACAGAAUAUAUAGUAAAUAAUGUAUCUGAAUUAAGAAUGAAGAACUCUGAGCUCUACACAACUGCACGCAUCUCACCUCUUUCUCUAACUUAUUUUGCUCGUUGCUUAAGAAAUGGAAAUUACACCGUGAAACUACACUUUGCAGAGAUAGUAUUUGGAAACAACAGAUCUUAUGAGAGUGUUGGAAGACGAGUAUUUGAUGUUUAUGUUCAGGGAAAACAGGAGUUGCCAGAUUUCAACAUUAAAGAGGAAGCUAAAGGAGUUGAUAAGGAAUUUAUCAAAGUAAUUAACGCAGUUGUUGUGAGUCAUAACACAUUGGAGAUCCGCCUCCAAUGGACGGGGAAAGGGACAAGGAAUGUUCCAAAGCUAGGAAAAUAUGGGUCUUUAAUAUCAGCUAUCUCAAUAGAAUCUGAUUUCAAACCCCCAACGAACAAAACAAAAAAGUUCAUCAUUAUUGGACUUGUUUCCGCGCUUUGCCUUCUUUUCAUAGCUUUAUGUAUUCUUUGGUGGAAGUGCUAUUUUGAAAGCAAGGAAUCAAGGGAUGAAGUUCUGAGAGGAUUAGAUCUACAAACUGGUUUCUUUACCUUUAAACAAAUUAAAGUUGCCACUAACAACUUCGAUGCUGCAAAUAAAAUCGGAGAAGGUGGAUUCGGAUCAGUCUACAAGGGUGUGCUGUUAGAUGGCACAAUUAUUGCAGUUAAGCAACUUUCUUCUCAAUCAAAGCAAGGGAAUCGAGAAUUCAUAAACGAAAUAGGCAUGAUUUCUGCUUUACAACACCCAAAUCUUGUCAAAUUGUUUGGUUGUUGUAUUGAAGGAAAGCAACUGUUGCUAGUUUAUGAAUAUAUGGAGAACAAUAGCCUUGCCAAUUCUCUAUUUGGUCCUGAAGGAGGUCAGCUGAAAUUAGACUGGAAUACAAGACAGAGAAUAUGUAUAGGCAUUGCAAGAGGUCUUGCUUUCCUACACGAGGAGUCAACAAUAAAAAUUGUACAUAGGGACAUCAAAUCCACAAAUAUACUACUAGAUAGGGACCUUACCCCAAAAAUAUCUGACUUUGGUUUGGCCAAACUAAAUGAAGAGGAAAAUACCCACAUUAGCACCAGAGUUGCUGGAACUAUAGGAUAUAUGGCCCCAGAGUAUGCAUUAUGGGGUUACUUAACUGAUAAAGCAGAUGUAUAUAGUUUUGGAGUUCUGGCUAUGGAAAUUGUGGCUGGGAAAAGCAACAUGAGAUAUCGUCCAGAUGAAAACUUUGUUUGCCUUCUAGAUUGGGCUAUUUUCUUACAACAAAAGGGAGAUAUAAUGGAGCUGGUGGAUCCAAAGUUGGAGUCAAAAUUCAAAAAAGAAGAGGCAAAAAGAAUGAUCAAGGUAGCUCUAUUGUGCACAAAUCCAUCACCUUCACUUCGCCCCACCAUGUCAUCUGUAGUGACCAUGCUUGAAGGCCGAACUACCAUCCCUGAACUAGUCAUGGAUUCAAGUAUUCUUGAUGAUCCAUUCAGGUUCACCGGGUUGCGAGACAAGCUUGAUCAGAUUUCACAACAAGCCUCUAGUAAAUCUCAUAGCCUUCUUGCUCAGUCGUCUAACUCAUCAUCAAUGUGCAUUGAUUCUUGCUCUGCAUGAUCUCUUUAUUUUUAGUGAACAGGUCUCUUCUUUUUUAGUGUUUUUCCAUAUAGUUAUAUGUCUAUAUAUAUUCAGGUCGUAAGUUCAAUUGUGCACUAGAAUUCGUAGCAAACAAUAAAAGAAACUUAUAUCCUUGUAUGAUUGUAUUAUUCAUUUCCUUAAUUAAUAUGGCGAUAAGUGUUGUCCCUAA